UGAUGAUCAAUGUAGCCCCAUCAGUGCCACCUGUCAGUGUCCAUCAAUGCCACCUGUCAGUGCCCAUCAAUGCCACCUGCCAUUGCCCAUCAGUGCCAUAUCAAUGCCACAUAUCAGUGCCUACCAGUUCACAGCAAUGCCACAUAUCAGUGCCCAUCUGAGCUGCCUUUCAGUGCCACCUAUCAGUGCCAGUCAGUGCCACCUAUCAUUUGCCAGUCAGUGCCCCCUAUCAGUUCUAGUCAGUGCCACUUAUCAGUGUUCAUCAGUGCCGCCUAUCAGUGCUUGUCAGUGCCGCCUAUCAGUGCUGUCUAACAGUGCCAGUCAGUGCCACCUAACAGUGCCAGUCAGUGCCGCCUAUCAGUUGCCACCUAUCUGUGCCAUAUAUGAGUGCUGCCUUUCAGUGCCCACCAGUGAUUCCUGCCAAUGAUCAUCAGUGCCACCUACCAGUGCCUCCUCAUCAGUG